AUGAUGAUCUUAGAUAAUGUGUCCGAGAAGCUGCGCUCGAAGCAUGUGCGAACGCUCGAACUACUGCAGAAGACACUCGAUGAGAAUGUCGAGUUGCGUGAGCAAGUGUCACAGUUGCAAAAGGGUACACUACACCUUGGCCAAGGAUUGCCACGAUCAAACCUUUCUUCUGAGCUAGAAGAUGAAAUUGAACGCCUUAAGGAAGAGCAUAUACGCAAACUAAGAGAAGUUGAAGAAGCUGCCAGAGCGAAGAUGGCAGAACAAGCCCUUGCUGUAGAGACACUCAACGCUACAACCAGCAAACUGAAAAAUGACAUGAUAACGAUGGAUGUGGCUUUACGUGAAGCACGAGAUCGACUCAAAUACGAGCGGCAAACGUGGAAUGAGGAACGUGUCCAGCUUGAGGCCACUAUCACGGAGGCGACAAAGACUCUGCCACCUGCUAGUCCGAUUCGAGCCAAACAGAACCAGCCACAUACUGAAGCGUUCAUUGAAGAAGAGAAAUCAAAUCAACACCUUGAAGCCGAGCUAGAACUAAGUCGCCAGACUUGUGUCAAUGCUGAUACUGCGCGCCGGUUAACAGAGACGCAACUCAACGAGGUACGAAUGGACUUUGCCCGCGUAACGAGUGAAGCUGCGUCCCAACGAGACCAGAUUAGAGCUCUACAAGCGCAACUUGCUGCAACUCAAACACAACAGCAGUCGAUGUCUGAGGAGUUAACUACUGCACGUCAGAGCUUGGAGACGAAAUCACCCAAAGAACGACCGUUGUCUUCAUCGACGAAGUUACAGCUGCAACAGAAAACCUUACUUGCGCAAUUGCAGGACACAGAGGAGCGCUUUGCUAAGCUAGAAUCGGAAAAUCGAACUUUGCAAUCCCAUACCGCUAGGUUGCAACAACAGCUGGCAAAUGAAGUGGCACAACGCAAGGCAGACGCCUCAGAAGCAGGGAUUUUCGCCAUCCACGUCGAGUUGAAGCGCGAGAAUUUUCAGUUACGUGCACAAGUAGAAGAACUCAAGGCCCUGCAAAAGCGCUUUUUGACAUCUGCAAAGAAGAAAACCAUGAGCUUUCCCUCACUAUAA